AAUACAUUAAUAAAUAAAUAAAUAAAAAUAAAAAUAAGAAAAAAUAUAUGAGUGUGUCUUCUUCCAGACUCUGUAAAUUACAAGCGUCUUGUUUGAGAAGCCAAAAUAAUGAAAAAGCAGAGACAUUGAGAGUUUCAUCAGAAGUAAGCGAACAGCAACAAAGAUUCACACGAAGUUUCUUCCUUUCCAAGCCAAAAUCCAUUACUCUAAUAUAUUCAUAGCUCUUUCUCUUUCUUUUUUUUUGGUUUUUUUUUUUUUCCUUUUUAUACAUAUUUGUAAAUAUAUAGACACUAAUCUAUAAAACUCGUUAGCAGAGAUUUUGAUACUGUUACUACUUACCAGUCUAGCCAUUAAAGCUUUCACGUUCUUGUUGUACCCCACGAGAAAUCGGGAGGUUCUUCUCACGGAAAAGCAUUUCUUUUCUCAACCCCUCUCUUUGACCCUUUUCUCCAAAAAGCUCACUCUCUGUCUCCCUCUAUAUAAAAACCAGAGAUCUUCUUCUUCUUUCAACUCACUUUGAAUCUCAAGCUUUAUUUUUUAUUUUUUUGGUUUUCUUUUUCUUCACUCUCUAAUGGCGAAACAGAGGUGUUUGGGAGUUGGGUUUUUGGUAUUCUCCCUCUGUUUGUUUCAAUGUAACAUGAUCACAUUUGCCAUUCUCGACCCACUUGAUUUCUUGGCUCUGCAAUCGAUACGGAAAGCUCUCCAUGACUUGCCUGGCUCAAAUUUCUUCGCCUCCUGGGAUUUCACUUCCGACCCAUGUAACUUUGCCGGGGUUUACUGUGAUUCCGACAAGGUUAUUUCCCUCAAUCUCGGCGACCCUAGAGCCGGUUCUCCGGGUCUCACAGGUCGGGUCGACGCAGCAAUAGGAAAGCUCUCCGCAUUAGCCGAGUUCUCGAUCGUUCCGGGUCGGGUCUACGGUCCGCUACCGCAAUCAAUCUCUCAAUUGAAAAAUCUCAGGUUCCUCGCCAUCAGCCGGAACUUCAUCUCCGGCGGCAUACCAGCGACACUGGGUCACCUCCGCAAUCUCAGAACUCUUGACCUGAGCUACAACCAGCUCGCCGGAGAAAUCCCACGCAGCAUUGGAACGUUACCAGAGCUCACAAACCUCAUUCUCUGCCACAACCACAUCUCCGGUUCGGUCCCUCAAUUUCUGUCUCAAUCACUGACCCGACUCGACCUGAAGCACAACAGUCUUACCGGUUCGCUAGCUCCGAGCUCCCUCCCACCUUCUCUACAGUACCUCUCCCUGGCGUGGAACAAGCUCUCCGGUUCUGUAGACCGGGCACUGAACCGGCUCGAUCAGCUGAACUACCUAGACUUGAGCUUGAACCAGUUCACGGGUUCAAUUCCGGGUCGGAUAUUCACAUUCCCAAUCACAAAUCUCCAAUUACAAAGGAACCAAUUCACAGGGUCAGUCGAACCGGUCGACCAAGUUACGAUCCCGACCGUUGAUCUGAGCUUCAACAGUUUCUCAGGUCGAAUCUCACCUUUGUUCUCGACCGUACAGAAUCUCUACCUCAACAAUAACCGGUUCACGGGUGAAGUUCCGGCUAGUUUCGUGGACCGGUUACUAGCCGCUAGUAUACAGAUACUGUAUUUACAGCAUAAUUUUUUAACUGGGAUUCAGAUUAAUCCAACGGCUGAUAUUCCUUUGAGCAGUUCAUUGUGUCUACAGUAUAAUUGUAUGGUACCUCCCGUACACACUCCUUGCCCCUUCAGGUCCGGAAAACAGAUUACAAGGCCUACAUCUCAGUGCAACGAGUGGAAAGGGUAAAUCUGUAAACUCGUAUUAAUCUCUAAGGGUAUAAUGGGAAUUCAAAGUUAAAACGGGUUUUUUUGAUGGCAUUAUUAUUAUUAAACUAAUAUGGACUCCUUCUGUCUUUUGGGGAUUCUUUUAUAAUAUUCAUUUUAUUAUUUAUUUAUUGAACAUUUUUGUCUAAAUUUGUGGGUACAAAACUAAUGUUGAUGAAGAGAAUAAGAUUUUGUGGAUACUUGAGAAAAAUAGUUAAUUAAUAGCUAUGAAUGCAGGGGCUUAUUUUUUAUAUUUUGGGGCAGGAAUUAAUGUUUAUGUAUCAUAAUGUUAUGGUUGUUAUUAAUAUAUAAUACUUCUAUUAUAUAUUGAAGUGUUUGCCGUUUAGCUUUUAA